AUGGUAGAGGAUAGUGAAGUGACAACACCGAUGAGUUGCGCUCCAAUGAAUGGGCAAAUCCAUCCACAAGCCCCAGAUAAUCUGAAUACCAUUAUACUUCGAUAUCUAAGCACAACAUCAAAUCCUUGUCAGCUAAGUGAAAGAUUUGCUGUUCUUUUGUUGAGAAGGAGAGCAGUGUUCGAUGCCAACCUCGGGGCCUUAAUAACGAACCUGAAAGAAGGCAAAGCGUCAACUAUUGAACAUGAGAAGUUCUCAAUUCAGUGUCAAAGGAUGUUCCAGCUACUUGAGACACGUAAGUCUGCCGCGCCACCACCCAUCAUGGUGGGCCAGAAAAGGAGUAUUCCAGCUACGGCCACGCCUGCUGCAAAACAAGCCAGGUCAGAGAUAGUGAUAGAAGCAGAAGACCGGAACACAGAACUUAGAGAAUCUGACGCAGAAGCAAUCACAAAUAGGGACAUCGAAAAAGCAGAAGCUAAGAACAAUCGAGUCAUAUCCGAGCAGGAAGAAUUCGAUGCUUUAUGUUGUGGUCGCCUCGACAAGAGACCCCUAAGGUCCAAAAGUAAGUCAUAA